CUUCACUAACUUCUCCUUAACCCUUAAAGGCCUGGAACUAUUUUUGCGGUAGCUUUCAAGUUAUCAUUUUUUGUUUAUGUUUAACCUUUACCAAGGGAGUUAUCACUAUUUGCUCUUCAUUUUUCACUCAGAAUCAGGUUUCACUUCUCAGUGAUAGAGGAAGACAAAGCUUUGGUUAAUGCAUAAACGGCUGGGAAGAAGAGAAGUCAUCGACAACCAGCUGCACCUGAUCUUCAAAGUGGAUCCAGAAAAAUGUUUCAGUUAAUAAUAAUAGUAGUGCUCACAAUAGUCAGUUGCACCACUGGAGAAAACCCUGCAUUUCAAGUCACUUUGAACAACAAAGGUCUGCAGUAUGGGAAACAUGUGGCUGCAGGAUGGAUCCAGGACAGGUUGGGUCUUAUCACUCUUCCUGACAUCAGUGGUGAAGCCCUCCUUGUACACUACACACUAUCAGGCAUCAAAAUAACGAAGUGUGACUUCCCUGAACCAUCGGUUGAGUUUUAUCAGAAUGUCACAGGACUUAAAUCAUCCAUCACCGGCCUCAGUAUUGCAGUAAAUGGCAGUUGGGCGACACAUCUUGGGGUUAUACAUGAUGGAGGAACAUUCGACCUUGCUGUAUUUAAUGUGGGUGUGACCUCUGUGGUGAAGCUGGGGAAGGAUUCUAAUGGUCAUCUGUCUGUCACCAACGUCAACUGUGACGCUAAAGUUGGAGAUGUACAGAUGAAUUUUUAUGGUGGACAAAGCUGGAUCUUUAAGCCUUUUCUGAAGUACUAUAAGGGACAUGUCUUGGCUGCCAUUCAAGCAAAUAUUUGCCCUAAUGUGGAGGAUUUCAUUGUGAAAGUGGAGUCCCAUCUACAGGCUUUGAACGUUUCCAUCAUUGUGGAUUCAUUCCUCAGUUUGGAUCUGAAUCUCACCAGUUCACCUGUAAUUGAUUCCACAAGUCUGAACCUCCCUCUUAAGGGUCAGUUCUACAGUAUUAAAACCCAUAAGGAGCCUCCGUUCGUGGCCCAGCCUUUCACGAUGCCCAAACAGACAGACUACAUGUUGUCCAUAGGUCUGUCUGACUUCACUGCGAACUCUGCCUCCUAUGCGUACUACUCUGAUGGACAGCUUAUGAUGUAUAUUGAUGAUAAAAUGAUACCCCCAGCAUCUCCUGUGCACCUCAACACCAGCUCAAUGGGGCCUUACAUUCCUCAGCUUCCGCAGAUGUUUCCAAACCUGCUGAUGAAGUUGCUGGUUUAUGCCAGAAACUGUCCCAUGUUCUCCUUCCAGCCCGGUGCUGUUAAACUGGGCCUCCCACUCGCCAUCAAGGCUUUCGCCAUCCAGCCCAAUACCUCGCUGACCCCUCUCUUUAAACUACAUGUGAUGGCAAACAUCAGUGGUAAAAUGUGGAUUGGUGAUGGACGACUGAGAGGCUCUGUGAUGAUGGACAACUUUAAACUAACUCUGGCUGGGAGUGAAGUGGGAGCAUUCAAGACGACGCCUUUUGGAAAAACUAUUGAAGACUGGACUACAGAUGGCAGUCCUGCCCAACAUCAACAAGAUGUUUGGCAAAGGUGUUGCUUUACCCAGAAUGAAAAACGCUCAGCUGGUGUACUCAGAUCUAACGGUGGAGCAGGGAUUUCUAGUCGUUGCUUCAGAUUUUGUGAUUCUGACAACAGACGGACGCUUCAACUGACAAAGUCAUAAACAGCUGGAGGGCAAACGAACAAACCUGGGUCAGAUUAUGGAGGAGACGUUUGUACACGAGAAGAAAAAGUGGAUGAAACUGAUUAAACUCACAACCAAACUGUAUCAACACAUACAACAUGUUCAAUAUUCAAAUGAAAUGGAUGAAUUAGACUGUUUUAAUGUUACAAAAUAAAAACAUCAAAAUAUCCAAAUGAAUAAAUGGGCUGAUUCUUCUUUUAUAUAAAACACACUCAGAUUAAAUCAGUGAUAGAAAAUCCUGAAAACUGCAGACUACACAGGCAGCACACAUAAUGAUGUUACCUGAUGCUAUGCUAUGAAAAUAAUAUCUUUGCUUUUGUUCUUAUUUUUAGAACCUUUUGCUUGUAGAGAAAUGAGGCAACUCAUGCAGAGUACUGUCUAAAUUUAACUCUGAUAAUUUUCACAUUGUUUUACGGAAGCAUUUUUAAUCAUGAAUAUAAUAUACUCAUACAUUUGGCUGCUGGAGCAUUUUUAUUCAGUCCUCCUGUUAAUUUCAGACAGUGGUAAUAACAUAAUAAAAUUAUUAUUAUUAUUAUUAUUAUUAUUAUUAUUAUUAUUAUUAUUAUCAUUAUUAUUUAAUUUACUGUAUAUUGUUGGUGCUGUGUGUUGUUUUUGUCAUAUUUGAUUAUUUAACAUGUAUUACUUAUUUUAUAGUUUGGAUUUUAUAAUGAUUAGCAUGCCUUGUGCUUCCCUCUGACUUACUAUACUCUGGGGACCCUUGAAAU